UCUUCCUUUGACAAGAUGGCGGCGGGGAGCGGUGGUGGGGAUGGCAGACCGGCCUCGAAAAACGCGGCCGAUUCUGGCUUUCUGGGACUGCGGCCCACUUCAGUGGACCCGGCGCUGAGGCGGCGGCGGCGAGGCCCAAGAAACAAAAAGCGGGGGUGGCGGCGGCUCGCGCAAGAGCCGCUGGCGCUGGAAGUAGAUCAGUUUCUAGAGGACGUGGGGCUACAGGAGCGCACAAGCGGUGGCUUAGUGUCAGAGGCCCCCGAUGAAAAACUGUUCUUCGUGGACACUGGCCCCAAGGAGAAAGACCUGAAGAAAAGGACCAAAGGGCGGAAGACGUCGCUGCUUCUCAGAAAACCCCUGCGGGUUGACCUCAUCCUUGAGAACACAUCUAAGAUCCCUGCCCCCAAAAACAUCCUCGCCCACCAGGUCCCCAAUGCCAAGAAACUCAAGCGAAAGGAGCAGCUAUGGGAGAGGCUGGCGAAGCAGGGCGAGCUGCCCCGGGAAGUACGUAGGGCCCAGGCCAGGCUCCUCAACCCUCCCGUGGCCAAGGCCAAGCCUGGGCCCCAGGACACCGUCGAGCGGCCUUUCUACGAUCUCUGGGCCCCGAACAAUCCUCUGGACAGGCCGUUGGUCGGCCAGGACACCUUUUUCCUGGAGCAGACCAAGAAGAAAGGAGUCAAGCGGCCGCUGCGUCUCCACACCAAGCCUUCCCGGGUGCCCGCCGUGGAGGUGACGCCCGCCGGGGCCUCCUACAACCCGACCUUUGAGGACCACCAGACCCUGCUCCUGGCGGCCCACGAGGUCGAGCUGCAGCGGCAGAAGGAAGCAGAGAAGCUGGAGCGGCAGCUGGCCCUGCCCACCGCGGAGCAGGCCGCCACCAAGGAGUCUGUGUUCCAGGAGAUGUGCGAGGGGCUUCUGGAGGAGUCGGAUGGAGAGGGGGAGUUGAGUGACAGCCUGGGUGAGGGCCCCGAGGUUGGAGGAGACGGGGCCUCGUCCCUGCCUGGCCGCCCGGCCACCACAGAGAAGAAGACGGAGCAGCAGCGGCGCCGGGAGAAGGCUGCUCAGACACUGCGGGUACAGCAGGCUGCGCUGCGGGCUGCCCGGCUGCGGCAGCAGGAGCUCUUCAGGCUGCGCGGGAUCAAGGCCCAGGUGGCACGGCGGCUGGCGGAGCUGGCACGGCGGCGGGAGCAGCGGCGGGUGCAGCAACUGGCCGAGGCGGACAAGCCCCGCAGGCUGGGGCGGCUCAGGUACCAGGCCCCUGACAUCGACGUGCAGCUAAGCUCAGAGCUGUCUGAUUCACUCAGGACGCUGAAGCCCGAGGGCAGCAUUCUCCGGGACCGCUUCAAGAGCUUCCAGAGGAGAAACAUGAUCGAGCCUCGGGAAAGAGCCAAGUUCAAGCGCAAGUACAAAGUGAAACUCGUGGAGAAGAGGGCCUUCCGCGAGAUCCAGUGAGUUGUAGCUGCCCCUGGACGCCCGAGUCCCCAUUCGUUAAUAAAGCACCUUCUGAGCAGCCCUUGGGCCCUGCGUGUGACUCGCCUCCUUCCUAGAGCAGCUUCUCUCGCCACGGGGUCUCUGUGUGCACCGCCCUUCGUGUCUGAGGAUGUAUGUGCGAGGACGUCCAUGUCCCCUAAGCCUGGUGACCCUCGGGGUGUGGCGGGGCUGCCAGCAGGCUGACCUCUGACCUGUCCACACGGAGGCCAGGUGGGCAGUCAUGACCAGAGGGCAGAGGUCUUCAACCAGGCAGAUGCACAGGGUCCGCAGGCCGGUUGGCUCUGGGGGGCUGGAGGGAAGGUGAUUCACAGCUGGAGCCCGCUGUGUUUUUAUAACAUGUGGAUUAAUGCACUGAAUCUUCACAACCCAGUAAGGGAAGGAAGACUAAUUAUUCCUAUUUUAUAGGUGAGGAAGCCACAUUCCAUAAAAUGAAGUUAGUUUUUCCCUACCUAAUCCCCCAAUCCAGAGUGGGAGUCGUUAGCAAUUUUAAAACAAAAGCAAGUGGGUUCCUCCCUGCGCCUCCCCCCACCACCACCUGUAGAGAGAUUGUCUUGAACAUUUUACAGGUCUUGUAGGACCGUUCUCGCUGAGAGUCAUUGAAGCAGUGUAGAAAGUAAGAAAAAGGAAAAACCACCCCUUGUGAAUCUACGCUUCGCCUUCACCCUCUAUUCCAGUCCACUCCCCUCUUUGCAGAGGCAGCUGUUGCUGACAUUUGGUGCAAAUGAUUCCAUUCAGUGUGCAAUUCUGUUAAAUUAUGUGCAUGUACAUGUGGAAAUAGACUUGUUUUGACUUGUUUCUCAGAUGGGAUCAUACUGUACGUGGUUCUGCAGCUUGUUUGUUUAGUUCAUCUUAGAAAUCUGUCUGUAUGGAAAGCUUUCUCAUCCUUUUUCACAGCUGUGCAGGCUUCCAGUAUAUGGAUGUGCCGCAAUUUUACUUUACCAGGCCCAUAUUUUCCUCCGAGUGAAGCUGGAAGGAAGGUCUGUGUACACGUACUGUUUCACGUUUCUGUGAGAUAAAUACUUGGAAGUGAAUCACUGGGCUAAAGGGAAGGUGCGUUUGUAACAAGUCAUUGGAUGGAGUCAGCCAAAUUGCCCUCCAUAUAGACCACACUGAUUCUCACCCUUCAACCACAGAAGAGCCUGUUUUGUUCCUGGUAACUAGUGAGGUUGAAUGUUUUUUCAUAAGAUUACUAGCCGUUUGGAUUUGUGUUCUGUGCUGGUUUGAAUCUUUUGACCAUUUUCCUCUUGCGCCAUUUGUCAUUUUCUUGUUUAUUUGUAGUUGCUCUUUAUAUGUUCUGGAUCUGAACGCUAUCAAACAUGUCAACAAACAUUCCCAGGCUCUUGCUUUUUGGCUCUGUAUAGGAUGUUUUCUGUCAAGCAGAAGUGUUGGUUUGAUUUUGUUUUUAAUCAAGUGUUUUUCCAUUUUUAUUAUGGCCUUUGGGGAGGUUUCUUUACUACGAGAUAGUUCUAAAAAUAGAGCAAGCAAUUUAUAAAAGAAAUGAAAGGAGAGACGGGGAGAUUUAAAGUCAGAGUCUCCUUCCCCUACUACAUCCCCUCCACUAUCCUGGCUUGAAGGAAUGUUCCUGCUAUUCCUCCCCCUUUCCUAUCUGAAAUGAAAAUAAAAAGGAAUGUUCUACAGACA